CAGUCAUUGCUAGUGUAAGAAAUCCAAGCAGCAACAGUCCAACAAGUGUCGUUCGCAAUAUUGAGCAAGAAUCCAUUUUCAUCUUGAUAUUGGACCUGCGCACAGUUCUCACAGUCGGUCAAUCCUCAGUCACCUCAGUCAAACUUUAUUUAUGCGUCCCGCACGGAAACGCAAACUCUCCAAAUCCCUGCUACCAUCUCAGGAAUAAAGCGCAAACCUAAAACAAUGCAAACAUGAUGCUUUGGGUGCAUCAGUAAACCCACAGGAAUCAAAGGCUAGAGGAAGAAAGAUUGUUUGCGGUGAUUACGCGCGUCUUGACGUCUCAUUUAUUACGUCAUUCAAGCGCGGAGCAGCCGUGGGAUCCCGUUCACUACCGGCGCUGGAAAAGUUUCUCUCGUCCAUGUGAAAGUUUUCGGAGUCAAUCGUGGUCCAUGUUUGGGUGAUUUAUUUUGCGCAUUGAUGUAGGACCGCGGUGGCGCACGAAACCACAGGUCGCAGGUGGGUGAGCUGUCAGUCAGGAGAGAUAACUAGAUUCCCUGACUACACCAAUCUGAAGCAGUGUAGGAAGAUCAACAGGUAGCACACGCCCUAAGUGGCGGCUGAAAUGACACGCCCCUGCCAGAUCGCCAGGCUCCGCCUUCCCUUCUGGUGGCUUUUGUUGGCACAUAUGACGAUACAAACAGCUUUGGGGGGGGACAAGAACGAAUUGUGCGGAGGUCGAGACUGCAGCGUGUGUCAGUGUUUUCCCACCAAAGGACAAAGGGGGCUUACCGGUGCAUUAGGUCGGCAGGGUCCCCAGGGUCCAUCGGGUUUGCCGGGCAUUCAAGGACUGCCUGGCGAGAAGGGUCAGCGAGGAACGAUUGGAUUUCCUGGGGUGGCUGGCCCUCGUGGAGACAGAGGCAGCCAGGGAGUUAUAGGCCAUACUGGUUUAGAUGGCGUCCCAGGUCUUCCUGGUCCUGGUGGUCUUCCUGGGCUUCUAGGGAAGGAUGGUUGUAACGGAUCCAGAGGAGAUCCUGGGCUGGUCGGUGAAAUAGGGCAACCCGGACCCCCAGGACUGAUUGGUGCACUUGGAUUUAAAGGUGUCAGAGGAAACGCCACUUGUAGAACAAUAUACAUGCCUGGAAAACCUGGUCCUGAUGGACGACCAGGAGUCCCUGGACCACAAGGUUUUGAUGGAAUUGUCGGUCCACAAGGUUUUCCAGGACCAGUGGGACCUAAAGGCCUCAGGGGUCCACAAGGUCCACCUGGUCCAAGAGGUCCACCGGGAGAGCCAGGAAGAUCACUGGCUGGACCUAAAGGAGUAGAGGGGGACGAGGGUCCAAAGGGUGAUCCUGGUCCCUUUGAGUUCGUGGAGCCAAACCCAGAAGACUGCAUUAAAGGAGAUAAGGGGAGUAAAGGGGAGAAAGGACUUUGUGGAAAACAUGGAAUAGAAGGUCCUGUUGGGCCUUCGGCAGAGAAAGGAGAGAAAGGCGGGAUUGGUUUCUCUGGACCCCCAGGUCCUCCUGGUUAUUCUGGUGGAACAGGCGUUCCAGGACCUAGGGGGCAGCGUGGAGAAAACGGUCUUCCUGGUCUUUAUGGCAACAAAGGAGAAAAGGGAGACCCAGGUGAUCCUGGACCUAAGGGAAGUCAGACUAACAUUAUCAACGAUAAAGCAGGACUGUUUGGAGAUCAAGGCCCUCCUGGUGCACCCGGACCACCUGGUGACAGGGGACUGAUGGGUAUACCCGGCUUCCCUGGUGAACACGGAGCAGCUGUUAGAGGUGCGAUGGGUGAGUUUGGUCUUCAGGGUCUCGCCGGGCUUACAGGAGAAAAAGGAGAAAAAGGAAGAUUACUUGACACUCCAGGCGACACUUUUGGGGAACCUGGGAAACGGGGCCUUCCAGGGACUAAAGGAGUCCAAGGAAGUCCUGGCCCUCCUGGAUACUACUGCAUUCCUGGUAAAGGAGGAGAACCUGGAGAGCCUGGAGAGAGAGGGCCAUGUGGAUUACCAGGUGUCAGUGGGAGGAAAGGUCCUGAUGGGGUUUGUGCUUGUAAACCCCUUGGUGAUAUGCCCGGUACGCUUGGCCCUCCAGGAAUUCCUGGUGACCCUGGUGAUCCUGGGAGGACUGGGCUCCGGGGACCUAUCGGUGAUGCUGGGCCUAUUGGGGUGAAGGGUGAAGACGGUAUACUAGGUCCCAGGGGCAUCAGAGGUGUCAGAGGAUUGAAAGGAGAGAAAGGCGAUGUUGUGGUGUUAAGUAGAAAAGGAGAUAAAGGUGAAACAGGAUUCUCUGGACCAUUGGGGGUGCCGGGAUAUCAUGGGAGGAAAGGGGAUGAUGGGAAAAUGGGUUCUCUUGGAGAUCCUGGACCUCCGGGAGAUAAUGUUCUUGGUUUGCCAGGUGAUAGAGGAUGUCCAGGUUUAACUGGUGCAAAAGGCUGCAGAGGUCCAACUGGUCCUGCCGGUAUACGUAUGAUGGGGUCGGUCGGGCAACGGGGCCAACAAGGAGACACAGGACCCCAAGGCCAAACAGGACACCCUGGGCUUAAAGGAACCCGAGGCGAUGCACCAGCUCGAGGUCCUGGCAUACCUGGAGCUCCUGGUUCCAAAGGGGUGCCUGGUUUCCAAGGUGAUAAAGGAAGGCCUGGAGAUCCAGGAUAUAGAGGGAAAAUUGGACCAAAUGGUCCCAGGGGCGAUAGAGGUGACUCGGGAGAUUGUGGACCAAUCGGUAUCAAAGGAUCUGAAGGACUUUGUGGAGAUCCAGGUGACACCGGCUCUGACGGUAACAGUAUUGACGGCUCACCUGGUACACCGGGUAUCCGGGGACCUGAGGGUCUGAAAGGGCCUUGCGGAGACUCGGUCGAUGGGGCUUUUGGACCAGCGGGGCCCUCUGGGCUUCAGGGAAGACAGGGUCCUAAAGGUGUUCCUGGACCUCCUGGACCAAUUGGAAUACAGGGUUUAUCUGGUAUUCCUGGGCUUCCUGGUAAAAAAGGGACUAAGGGAGUAGCUGGUAUAACAGGACCACCCGGUCGCCCAGGCAGCAGACCAGAUCGGUGUGAUAAAGGAGACCCUGGUCCACCUGGCCGGUCUGGACCACCUGGGUACCCUGGCAGGCAAGGUUCUCCUGGAGAGAAGGGGUUGCCUGGCGAAUUAGGACUUGCAGAUCUUGGAGCCAAGGGCCGCCCUGGUAACCCCGGUAUCCAAGGCCAUCCAGGACUCCCUGGACUUCAGGGUCCUCCAGGACUCAGAGGAGACAAUGGAAUUUCUGGAAACGAUGGAAUAAAAGGUUUGCCUGGAUAUCCUGGACAAAAUGGCUGUGUUGGCAAUCCAGGACAGACUGGUCCUCCAGGGGCCCCUGGACUGAACGGCAUAAGAGGGCUUGACGGAAGUCCAGGUUUUCCAGGGGAAAAUGGAUCCAAGGGCCAGAAAGGAUGUGCAGGACCACCAGGCCCUCCGGGAGAAAGCGUCUCGAUUCCAGUGAAAGGACAGGUCGGCCCACCUGGACAACAUGGAGUGAUUGGUUUCCCUGGACCAAGAGGUGACAAGGGUGUACCAGGUCCUCCCGGACAACCAGGGCUUCCAGGAUUUAAUGGACCACCUGGGUUUGAAAGUGUCAGUCGUGGACCACCGGGUGUCCCCGGACAGCCAGGUGAGCCUGGAAGACCCGGGCGGCCUGGGCCAGUAGGCAUUGUGGGAUAUCCUGGGCAGAAUGGUGAACAAGGUGACCCUGGAUUGACUGGUAUGGCUGGGACUCUUGGUUUUCCUGGAUAUGAUGGACCUAAAGGUGAUAAAGGAGAAUCAAUCAGUGAACCAGGACGAACAGGAGCAAGAGGCCCAUCUGGAGAAAAUGGCUUACCAGCACCACCUGGUGACAGGGGAGACCAUGGUGACCCUGGGCCCCCGGGGCCAUAUGGACCCUGUGGUCCACCCGGACCACCUGGAAGUUUAGGCCUGUGUGGAUUCCAAGGUGUGGUGGGACCCCCAGGUCCAUGUGGUAGGCAUGGUGCGGAAGGCCCUCCGGGACCACCUGGUGCACAAGGACCUAAAGGAAACAUAGGAAACUCUGGCCCCAGAGGAUCUCCAGGUCCUCUGGGGCUCCAUGGGCUAGAUGGUCUGAAGGGGGUCAAAGGUGCAGUGGGGUCCCGAGGAAUGAGUUUGAAGGGCAUUGAUGGACCUCCAGGGCUGCCAGGAGAUAAGGGUAUUCAAGGAGAUCAAGGGUUGCAAGGAACAUCACAAAUAGGUGUCCGGGGUCCUAGAGGGCCACAUGGGGUUCAAGGAGAGCCUGGUUUAAUGGGCCCUCCAAGUCCUCCUGGGGACAAUUGUAAAAAUCCUUUACCUGGAGAAUGUGGAGAGCUGGGGUACAGUGGACCAGAUGGACCAACAGGGCCAAUGGGAGAGAUGGGAGAGCCAGGCAGUGUGUUCGCAGUUCGGGGGGAUGGCGGUGACCCAGGUGCCCCUGGGUUAACUGGCGAUAAAGGUGAAAAAGGAUCCCAAGGACUCGAUGGUCCCCCAGGAUAUUCGGGCUCAGAAGGUCCAAAAGGUGAAAGAGGACAGUGUGGACUUAUGGGCCUUCCUGGACCCCCUGGCUCUAAGGGUGAUUGUGGUCCGCCAGGAGUUUGUGGUGUUAAGGGAGACAGGGGAGAUCCAGGUCUGAAAGGAGACCCUGGGACUGUCAAACCUCCUGAACAACCCUGUGCUGUUCCACAGGGACCCGCUGGUCCUCGUGGACUUCGUGGCCUGGGUGGUAUUCAGGGUGUGCCCGGACCAAGUGGCACAGCGGGCCCGAAAGGUAAAAAGGGUGCCAGUGGGGCUAGUGGAGACCGUGGACCACGGGGGUUACCGGGAUUGGAUGGAGCACCUGGAUCCUACGGAGAUCCUGGCCUAAGAGGACCACCAGGCUCUGAGGGACCCCAAGGACCCCCUGGAGAGCCGGGUCCUCCUGGACAAGAAAGGAAGAAAACCUCUGGGUUCCUUUUGGUGAUGCACAGCCAGUCUGAAAUCGUCCCUGCUUGUCCCUAUGGCCUGACGCAGUUGUGGGAGGGAUUCAGCCUGCUAUAUCUGGAGGGUCAAGAGAGGGCGCACACACAAGACCUGGGCCAGGCGGGUUCAUGUGUGCGCAUGUUCAGCACAAUGCCGUUCUCCUGUUGUAAUAUGGAAACGUGCGGAUAUGCAAGUCGCAACGACAAAUCCUUCUGGCUGUCCACCACGGCCUCCAGUCCCACGCAGCCUCUGGAGGGGCUGGAUAUACGGCCACAUAUCAGCAGAUGUGUGGUGUGUGAGGCUUCAUCACCAACCGUUGCAAUACACAGUCAAGACAUGUCUGCACCACAAUGUCCACCCAAAUGGAGAAAUCUCUGGAUGGGAUAUUCAUUCCUUAUGCAUACAGGAUCAGGGGACGAGGGAGGGGGACAGUCUCUGACAUCAACAGGAAGCUGUUUGCAGGACUUCCGCAGUCAGCCGUUCGUGGAGUGUCAAGGUGCACGCGGCACGUGCCAUUAUUUCGCCUCAAGUUACAGUUUUUGGCUGACUAAAGUGGACACUGGGCGUUUCAACCCUCCCCAUCGCAGUACAAUACUGCACAAUGAAGCGGACCAACGUAAUAGCGUCAGCCAAUGCAGCGUCUGCAUGAGGGAGUGAUGCCCGCUACAGAUAAAAAGUCAAAGCACAUCAAGAGGUCAAGUGAUCGAAAUCCUUUCAUCUCUUUUGGAGAGGAAAAAACUGACCCUAGUUUGUGACCGUUUUUGUUGAAAUGCAGGCUGUGAACUUCAUAUUUUUACUGAAUAUGUUCCUGCAUAGUCAAACGUGAAAUCUUUGCCUGGUACACCUUUGUUUCCAAUUUGGUGCUAGAAAACCAUUUGCACAGGUUGCUACACGUCAGUGUUCGUUUUUCACCUUCUUUUUCUAAUAUGUCUUCUUCGCGGUCUUGGCAUAAAAACAUAUUACUUUGUUUAGGCGCGUUUAUAUGAACAGAAAUAAGAGCUGCUUGAUACAUAUACAUUGUAUACUGUACGUAGAUGCCACAUUCAACCACCCCGGAUGCAACCGCCAUGUUAAAAUGGUCAACAUUUCAUGUGCUGUUGUCACUAACCGUAAAAAAUGUCCAGAUUUAAAUUCCAGAAGAAACGAGAGAAACUUUCACUGGUGAGAUGUUUUUAUGUGUAUUAAGGUCUUUGCACAUACAGUCCGAAAUUUUCGUAUGCGUUUUUUCGUAUUUGGCUCUCGUUUGUACGGUGUCUCUGAAUUGUUAAAAAAGGCCACUCAAAAUGCUUGACGGAUGCGAAAAACGCAAAAAAUCGAACCCGGUCCGAAUUUUUUUAUGACGGACGAAAAUAUCGGAGGCAGUGUGUAAAUGUGAUUGACACAACGUGAGGUCGUAUUUAUUUUUUAUCGUGCGGAAAUUUCGGACGCAAAUUUCAUUUAAAAACGUUUAAAAACAUCACCAGUUUGAUGUUCAAUAAUAGUCAUUAGAUGAAUUAAUAAAAGUUAAGAAAUAUUAAUUUAAUCUUCAGAAUCGGCAUCCGCAGAUAUCACUCUGAAUAAUCGGUAUCGGUGAAGAAGCAUCUCUAUAUACAGUACUGUAUAUCUACGCAAUUUACAUCGCAGUCCAUAUGAAUGCACCUUUGCAAGUGCUAGUUGGUUUCCAUUGGAUGGAAAUCAAGCAAUGACUGACCUUAGUGUAUAGCAGUACCUGCUAGCGUCAUGUUAUAUCAGUUGAGAGAGAUCUUCAGCUACAUAUCACUAGCCUGCUGUUUUAGCAAACAGGCCAGAUGGCCUAAAACCAAUAAACAUUCUUAACCCUCGUCUCAGGUAUGUAAUGCUAAAGAAACUGAAUCUUCUUACUGAGCUAGCAAAGAUUGUUUUUGUGGAGGGAUAAGGUUGUGAAUGUGAUUGGUUGAUUGGUUUUCGCAUUAUAUUUCAAAGAACUUUCUGGAAGUUUUGUUUAAUGUAUGCGAGGCAUUACCGUGUUAUUCGUGAAUUAUCAUUACUAUUGAAUUUCCCCGUCAUUGGUAUUGAACACUGGAUAAUCUUCCCUGCUUUGUUUUACUUUUUGUUUGUUUGUUAGAAAAUAAUGUCUCUUGCUGUCUAAACUAACUCAAGCCAUUUAAACUAAACUAACACCCUCAGUAUUCCACAGUCCCUGUCCAUGAACAUGGAGACUGAAGUCUUAAAGCAGUUCUUGCUUAAAGCAUGGCAUAUUUUUUGUAUGUAAAUAUGAUUGCACUGUUAAAAACGGCUUUGCUUUAUAUUUUUACUAAAUGUCAAGAGUAUUUAUUUAGCUAGAGAUUAUUUUGGUGCUAUUUUUGGAGCAGAAGCGAAUUUAACAGCAAAUGAACAACUUGUUCCCUUCUUAAAAGAAAAGAUGAUUGUUUUGGGUCUGAUUUUAAUAAUGGGACACAUAUGUGAAGUACUGUACUGUUACAUCUAGGGAUUGAAGACAAAUUUGGACGAUGCUAUUGGUUAAAACAGGAGAUAUAUGUCUGAUUUUUACAAUUGAAUUGUAAGGUUUCAUUUUUACUGUAUAUUAAAUGUCUGAUAAAAGUUGUGCUUUUUUCUAAUAAUUUUCAAUAAUAUAGGGAAACAUAAUAUUUCAUAAUCCACAAAAGUGAAAUAAUCUGCAUGGGGUUCACGUAAAUCGUAUAUGAUACAUUAUUCUAUAGUUUAACAGAAUUUUCAUAAAGCAACUUCCAAUAUAUAUUGACUAUAGGGGCAGCUGUUCAGGGGCACAGGUGAUGCUGUAGGUCAACUGUUAGGCCUGAAUGUGUUGGUAUUUAAAGUAAAUACUCACCAAGUAAUUGUAGCAAGUUCAAUUUUAAACACCUAUUCAUGCUACUGAAUGUCACACUAACACACUGUUAAAGUGGAUACCAGCAUUUCUAUUGAAAGACUUUGUGUACUGUUUAAAAAUAUAAUAUAAUAAAUGUAUUAUGAAAAUCGAGUGUUACACAUUUUGAGCCUCUCCAACCAGAUCAGUUUUAAAAUCAUUCAAUGAAUUGAUCUUAUUUUGAUCUUGUGUGUAUAAAUUGUAAAUGCUUACAUUUGUAUGUUUUGUAUCUAAAGCAUUGUGCGCGUGUUUUUUUGCUUGGCUACAAAAACUGUUAACAUGGUAAAAAUGAAUAUCGUAUUAUUUGUUAUGAGACAUACAAAUCAGAUCAAUACAGGUUUACACAAUAUAGCUAUGAUGAGAACAGCCGUGAUGUAAAACACAGUAACACUUUACAGAAUAAAGUUGUAUUUGUCAACAUUAGUUAAUGCAUUAUCUAACGUGAACUAACAAUGAGCACAAUAAUUCUGCAACAUUAUUCCUCUUUGUUCAUGUUAGCAUUUACGAAUACAUUUUUAAAAAUGUAUCUUGUAAAAAUGUAU